AGAUUCCUUCACAGUCCUUUGCUGUUUUUUUUUUGUUUUCUCACUUUUUUUUUUGUUUCUUCAUCUUCUUCUUCUUCUUCAUCUUCUUCAUCUUCUUGAAGCUAAAAAAAAGAUAUAUCCUUUUAUGCUUAUAGAGAAAUUGAAUAAUUAUCUAAAUAGUAAGGGAAAGAAGAGAGAAAAAAAAAAACAAUCACUUCACAGUUCACACAAAACAUCUUUGCUUUGUUUGAGUUUUGCUAUCAACAUCAACCCACACCUUCUUUGCCCCUUAUGCGCCUCCAUCUCUUAUUCCUCUCACCUACCUUUCAACUCUCUCUCUCUCUCUCUCUCUCUCUUUACGAAAAAAGUCUUUUAAUUUCAGUUCUCUCUAUACCUGAUUUCAAAUCUUGGGUUUCCCCUUUGUUUUUUUUUUCUUUAAUAAUUUAAUUUGAUUCUUUUUUUUUUCUUUAGAAAUAAUAAUUGAUAGAUAUGGGUUGUACAAGUUCUAAGCUUGACGAUCUUCCGGCGGUUGCUCUUUGCCGUGAACGUUGUAAUUUCUUAGAAGCUGCGAGUCACCAGCGUUACGCUUUAGCUGAAUCCCACGUGGCUUACACUCACUCGCUUAUUGGUAUCGGUCACUCACUCCAUCUUUUCAUCAACCACCACCACCGUUUCAUCUCUUCCGGCGGCGCUAACGGCGGUGGUGAUUCCCCUAGACUUAACCUUCCUCCUCACAGAAAAGGUGACCCUCAUCAAGACGACGACGACGACGACGGCGGAGGGGGAAAAAACUCCCCCAAAAAACCAAAGCUUGCUUCUUCUCACCUCGCUCACUCGGAUUCGGGUUCUGAUUCGGGUCAUCUCGAAUUCGAUUCGGAUUCCGACGACGACGAUGACGACGAUUUGGAUUUGGAUUCGAUGCAUCACCACUCUCCUCAACACCACCACCGUCACCAUCUCGGGAAUUACCCAAUACCCGAGUCAGCACCACCUGGAUACAUGGAACAACAACAACAACAACAACCGGGUUAUAUAAACCGGUACCCGAACCCGGAGAUGAUGAUGGGUCAUCUCCCUCCUCCUUACUCCGGUGGAAACAGUUAUAUGCAUAUGAAUUACAUGAAGAACAGCUCCAUGCCUCCUUCGGUUGUCUAUGAACAAAGACCAAGUAGUCCUCAACGAGUCUACAUAGGCGAAUCAUCUUCUUCUUCUUCUUAUAACCCAUACCCUCCUCAAAAUAAUUCAUAUUUUGGAUACUCAAAUCCAGGACCCGGACCCGGACCCGGAUAUUACGGUGGUUCUUCUACAACUGCUGUACCAGCUUCGAAACCGCCACCGCCUCCUCCCUCUCCGCCUAGGUCUAACGGUUGGGAUUUCUUGAAUCCGUUUGAUACUUAUUACCCUCCGUAUACUCCGAGUCGAGAUUCGAGAGAGUUGAGAGAAGAAGAAGGUAUCCCGGAGCUAGAAGACGAUGAUUCACAGUACGAGGUUGUUAAGGAGGUUCACGGCAAACCAAAAUUCGCUGCCGGCGGUGGCGGUGGUAAUUUACCGAAUCCCGCCGCCGUGCAUAUGAGGGAAGAGCCUCUGCCUCCGCCGCUUGAUAAGUCUGGUGGAGCCAGUACUAGCGGUGGGGGUGAUGUCGGAGAUGCGUAUCAGUCUAGACAGAGUGUGUCGGUUGAGAAAGAAAGGAUGGAGUAUGAAGAUCACGUUGUUGAGAAGAAGGUCGUUGAGGAUGAGGAACGUCGGAGCAAUGCCACGGCGACACGUGACGGAGGCGGUGGUGGAGGCGGUGGUGGAGGAGGAGGGCCACGUGCGGUGCCUGAGGUUGCGAAAGAGAUUGAGAGUCAAUUCGUGAAAGCUGCAGAGUCAGGAAGUGAGAUUGCUAAGUUACUUGAAGUUGGGAAGCACCCUUAUGGUCGUAAACAUGCUGCUUCGAAGAUGUUGCACGGGGUUACUACUCCUUCACUACCUUCUACCUCUGGAGGACCUUCUGCUGCUGCUGCUACUGCGCCGCCGACUUAUGCAGACAUUGAAGAAGAGCUUGCUUCGAGGUCUAGGAAUCUUUCAUCGACAUUGCACAAGCUCCAUCUUUGGGAGAAGAAGCUUUACCAUGAAGUCAAGGCUGAGGAGAAAUUGCGACUAGCUCACGAGAAAAAGCUAAGGAAGCUAAAGCGUUUGGAUGAAAGAGGUGCUGAGGCUAUGAAAGUAGAUAAAAUACGGAUUGCGAUUCAAGUUGUCGACAAAAUAUCAGUGACGAUUAAUAAGAUUAGAGACGAAGACCUAUGGCCGCAACUGAAUGCAUUGAUCCAAGGGCUUACAAGAAUGUGGAGAUCCAUGCUUGAGUGUCAUCAAAGUCAGUGUCAAGCUAUUAGGGAAGCACAAGGCCUUGGACCAAUAAGAGCAAGCAAGAAACUAGGCGUUGAACAUCUAGAGGCGACGAGUUUGCUUGGACAUGAACUUAUUAAUUGGAUAUUAGGAUUCUCGAGCUGGGUUAGCGCGCAGAAGGGUUACGUAAGAGAGUUGAAUAAAUGGCUCAUGAAAUGUCUUCUCUAUGAACCUGAGGAAACACCUGAUGGAAUCGUUCCUUUCUCACCUGGUCGGAUCGGGGCACCACCAAUCUUUGUGAUAUGUAACCAAUGGUCUCAAGCUCUGGAUAGAAUAUCAGAGAAGGAAGUUAUUGAGGCAAUGCGUAGUUUUACUACAAGCGUGCUUCAGCUUUGGGAACAAGAUCGGUUAGAUACGAUGAUGACUGGUCAUGGGGAUUCAGAGAAGAGAGUUAGGAACAUGGACAGGGAAGAACAGAAGAUACAGAGAGAGAUUCAGGCAUUGGAAAAGAAAAUGGUUCUUGUGGCACCGGGUGAUGGUAAUAAUAGUCUUUCCAUAUCAGGCAAUGUUGUCUACCAAAGCGAUACUAGCAACGAUAGUUUACAAGGUAGUUUGCAGAGGAUUUUCGAAGCUAUGGAGAGAUUCACUGCUGAGUCUAUGAGAGCUUAUGAGGAUCUCUUACAACGCACCGAAGAAGAAACUGCUCCACGAGAACUUGAGGAAGAAGAGGACUAAUAAGCAAAAUGUAGGAGGAAGAUCUUUGCUUAUUUGAAUCUCAUGAUCGAGCUGUUUGCUGAUCUUGCAAUGCCGGAAUGUUCCUUAUCUCCUUUCUGAGACACAGGCAAGAAGAGCCCAUCAUCAUCAGGAUGAUGAUCUUAGAAGAGGCAGAAACCGGGUUAAGAUACGGCCAGUCAUCUGGUGAACUGAGGCAUUUUAGUGCAGUUGACUUUGAACCGGAUGGUUGUCAUGCCAUGGUGGAGAAAGGUUUGAUAACUUUGACACUUAGCCACUUAUGACGCAAGUCACAUAUAUGAGUUUGAGUCUAAUAAUUCUAAAAUUCGGUCUUUGUAUAUAAGACGCUUAGGAUAAUUCUCAACAAUUUUUUUUUGUAAAAUCCUAAGGUUAGGAGGAUGAGAUAGCUAAGGCAAAUCUUUUUUAUUUUAUUUUAAAUUUAAUCUUUUGAUAUCGGUGAGGGGUCAUGUAUUAUUUAUCGGACUUACUUCUGUGUCCAAAGAUGCUUUGGUCUUGAGCAACUGAACUGUCUUUUAGUGGAGUAAAAAGUUAGGUUUAUA